UGGGCAGCCCCAGGGGACGGGGCCAGCAGGAGAGAGGUCUGCUCACCUCCAGGCCUCCCAGUGCUCAGGGCCCCCCCUCCCUGGCUGACUCUCCAGGUUAUAAAGGGGACUACUGAUUGGCAGCGUCCAUCAUCCUGUCUUAAGAGAGCCCACCAUGCCCCCCAGAGGAGACGGGUACCAAGGUCACACAUGGCCAAAGGUUGGAGCUGGAAGGGCCAUUUGGUCUAAAGGAGGGUACCAGGGUGCACAGUGGGUGGGGGCAGUCUCAGCUCCGGGAGGCCUUUCUGGGGCCUGGAACAGGCUGAGGGGAAGACCCUGCCCCGAGGUGUCUCACGUGGGGGGAGGCCAGAGGUGGGGCCAAGCGGCCACUCACCCAACAGUCCCAACCCCGCACCACAGGCCCGGAAGGCUCCCAGCUGUGAGACACGCUCAUGUGGUCUCAGGGGCCCACGCCCUCGGACCUUCUUGUCCCUCCAAGGGUAGGGUCACUAACCCCUCCCCAGGCCUGACCGUGAGGGGCUGGGCCUCUGCUCCCACACUGCCCCUCCCCAGCAGGCCAGCGAGGAUGGGGGAGGCCAAGGGGCCCGGGAGGAGCCAGAGGGGCGGUCCCCAGACUGUAGACAGGCCCAGGGCUCCGUGAUGUCACUGCGGGUGCUGAGGGGGGGAGGGGGUAAGGCUGUUUUUCUGGAGAGAGUCUUAGAGCCGAGUGGGACAAAGCCUGGGCGGGGCGGGGGCCAUGGCGCUGCCAUCCCGAAUCCUGCUGUGGAAACUUGUGCUUCUGCAGAGCUCUGCUGUCCUUCUGCACUCAGGGUCCUCAGUGCCCGCCGCCGCUGGCAGCUCCGUGGUGUCCGAGUCCGCGGUGAGCUGGGCGGCGGGCGCCCGGGCGGUGCUGCGCUGCCAGAGCCCGCGCAUGGUGUGGACCCAGGACCGGCUGCACGACCGCCAGCGCGUGCUCCACUGGGACCUGCGCGGCCCCGGGGGCGGCCCUGCGCGGCGCCUGCUGGACUUGUACUCGGCGGGCGAGCAGCGCGUGUAUGAGGCGCGGGACCGCGGUCGCCUGGAGCUCUCGGCCUCAGCCUUCGACGACGGCAACUUCUCGCUGCUCAUCCGCGCGGUGGAGGAGACGGACGCGGGGCUGUACACCUGCAAUCUGCACCACCACUACUGCCACCUCUACGAGAGCCUGGCCGUCCGCCUGGAGGUCACCGACGGCCCCCCGGCCACCCCCGCCUACUGGGACGGCGAGAAGGAGGUGUUGGCGGUGGCGCGCGGCGCGCCCGCGCUCCUGACUUGCGUGAACCGCGGGCACGUGUGGACCGACCGGCACGUGGAGGAGGCGCAGCAGGUGGUGCACUGGGAUCGCCAGCCGCCCGGGGUCCCGCACGACCGCGCGGACCGCCUGCUGGACCUGUACGCGUCGGGCGAGCGCCGCGCCUACGGGCCCCUUUUCCUGCGCGACCGCGUGGCCGUGGGCGCAGACGCCUUUGAGCGCGGUGACUUCUCGCUGCACAUCGAGCCGCUGGAGGUCGCCGACGAGGGCACCUACUCCUGCCACCUGCACCACCACUACUGCGGCCUGCACGAACGCCGCGUCUUCCACCUGACGGUCGCUGAACCCCACGCGGAGCCGCCCCCCCGGGGCUCUCCGGGCAACGGCUCCAGCCACAGCGGCGCCCCAGGUCCAGACCCCACACUGGCUCGCGGCCACAACGUCAUAAACGUCAUCGUUCCCGAGAGCCGAGCCCACUUCUUCCAGCAGCUGGGCUACGUGCUGGCCACGCUGCUGCUCUUCAUCCUGCUGCUGGUCACCGUCCUCCUGGCCGUCCGCAGGCACCGCGGAGGCUACGAAUACUCGGACCAGAAGUCGGGAAAGUCAAAGGGGAAGGAUGUGAAUUUGGCGGAGUUCGCUGUGGCUGCAGGGGACCAGAUACUUUACAGGAGUGAGGACAUACAGCUAGCCUGCUCUCCUCCCACAGAUUACAAAAACAACAUCUUGAAGGAGAGGGCGGAGCUGGCCCACAGCCCCCUCCCUGCCAAGUACAUCGACCUAGACAAAGGGUUCCGGAAGGAGUACUGCAAAUAGAGCGACCCUGGGCUCCUGGCUGGGCCAGCAGCUGCAUCUUUCCUGUCUGUGCCCCUCCGGGCAUCCCCUGAUGCUCCUGGGCUCACCCCUUCCAGCGGCUGGUCCCGCUUUCCUGGAAUUUGGUCUGGGCAUAUGCAGAAGCUGCCACCACACCCCUCUCCCAGGGGUUUGGUGGCAGCAUAGCCCCACGCCUUCGGCCUUAGCUCACGGGUGGCCCUGCUCACCCCAGACACAACCAAAAUCCCACUGAUGCCCAUCAUGCCCUCAGACCCUCCUGGGCUCUGCCCACUGGGGGCUGGAAGACAUUCCUGGAAGACACUCCCAUCAGAACCUGGCAGCCCCAAAACUGGGGUCAGCCCCAGGGCAGGAGUCCCACUCCUCCUGGGGUGCUGCCCGCCGUCAAGAGCUCCCGAGGGCUCCUCCGCCUGUACCACGCAGGGCUCCAGGCACCAUCUUCUCCCCAGGGACCUGGUGACUUGGUGAAUGCCAGCCCUUGCCCCUCUGUGCUGCUUUGGGCCACCUGGGGCUGCACCCCCCGCCCUUUCUCUGCUUCCACCCCUACCCUAGCCUUGCUCUCAGCCACCUUGACAGUCACUGGGCUCCCUGUGACUUCUGACCCUGACACCCCUCCCUUGGACUCUGCCUAGGCUAGAGUCUAGGGCUGGGGCCACAUUUGGCUUCUGUACUGGCUGAGAACAGGCGAGGGGGUGAAGGUGGCUUGGGGUGGCCUAUGUUGCCACUCUCAGCACCCCACAUUUGCACCUGCUGGUGGACCUGCCACCAUCACAAUAAAGGCCCCAUCUGACUUUUA